AUGGCCCUGAGCGAGCUGGCGCUGCUCCGCUGGCUGCAGGAGAGCCGCCACUCGAGGAAGCUCAUCCUGUUCAUCGUGUUCCUCGCGCUGCUGCUGGACAACAUGCUGCUCACCGUCGUGGUCCCCAUCAUCCCAAGUUACUUGUACAGCAUUAAGCAUGAGAAAAAUGCUACAGAAAUCCAGACUGCCAGGCCGGUGCUCACAACCUCCACUGCAGGCAGCUUCCAGAGCAUCUUCUCCUAUUAUGACAACUCUACCAUGUUCACCGGGAACACCACCGGAGACCUUCAGGGAGGGCAGCUGCGUAAGGCCACCACACAGCAUGUGGUGACCAACACGUCCACUACCUCUUCCGACUGUCCCAGUGAAGACAAAGACCUCCUGAAUGAAAAUGUGCAAGUUGGCCUAUUGUUUGCUUCCAAAGCCACCGUCCAGCUCCUCACCAACCCUUUCGUAGGACUGUUGACCAAUAGAAUCGGCUAUCCAAUUCCCAUGUUUGCGGGAUUCUGCAUCAUGUUUGUCUCAACAAUUAUGUUUGCCUUCUCCAGCAGCUACGCCUUCCUGCUGAUCGCUCGGUCGCUGCAGGGCAUUGGCUCCUCCUGCUCGUCUGUGGCUGGGAUGGGCAUGCUUGCCAGCGUGUACACAGAUGAUGAAGAGAGAGGCAAUGCCAUGGGGAUCGCCUUGGGAGGCCUGGCCAUGGGGGUCUUAGUGGGCCCCCCCUUUGGGAGUGUGCUGUACGAGUUUGUGGGGAAGACAGCCCCCUUCCUGGUGCUGGCUGCCUUGGUGCUCUUGGAUGGAGCUAUUCAGCUCUUUGUGCUCCAGCCAUCCAGGGUGCAGCCAGAGAGUCAGAAGGGGACGCCCCUAACCACCCUGCUGAAGGACCCAUACAUCCUCAUCGCUGCAGGCUCCAUCUGCUUCGCAAACAUGGGCAUCGCCAUGCUGGAGCCGGCCCUGCCCAUCUGGAUGAUGGAGACCAUGUGUUCCCGAAAGUGGCAGCUGGGCAUUGCUUUCUUGCCAGCUAGUAUCUCUUAUCUCAUUGGAACCAAUAUUUUUGGGAUACUUGCACACAAAAUGGGGAGGUGGCUCUGUUCUCUUCUAGGAAUGAUAAUUGUUGGAAUCAGCAUUUUAUGUAUUCCUUUUGCAAAAAACAUUUAUGGACUCAUAGCUCCCAACUUUGGAGUUGGUUUUGCAAUUGGAAUGGUGGAUUCGUCAAUGAUGCCCAUCAUGGGCUACCUUGUGGACUUGCGGCACGUGUCUGUCUAUGGGAGUGUAUAUGCCAUCGCAGAUGUGGCAUUUUGUAUGGGAUACGCUAUAGGUCCUUCUGCUGGUGGUGCGAUUGCAAAGGCAAUUGGAUUUCCAUGGCUCAUGACAAUUAUUGGGAUAAUUGAUAUUCUUUUUGCUCCCUUCUGCUUUUUUCUUCGGAGUCCACCUGCCAAGGAAGAAAAAAUGGCUAUUCUCAUGGAUCACAACUGCCCCAUUAAAACAAAAAUGUACACUCAGAAUAAUACCCAGUCAUAUCCGGUAGGUGAUGAUGAAGAAUCUGAAAGUGACUGA